AUGUGGUUCCACAACCCUAAUGGUCUAUCCUCCUCCAAAUCGGCUUACUCCUGGCUGAUCCUCAAGCAGGUUGGAUACGGUCCACACAGAUUCUUCUGGAAGUUCAUUUGGAAGCUCAACACGCUCCUAAAAAUUCGUAUCUUUUACUGGAGACUGGGCCACGAGAUCCUUCCCACGUUCGACAAAAUUGCUAGCAUCCACAGUGACUUCAACAAAUUGUGCCCGAGAUGUGGUAUUGAGGAGGAAACUCUCAUUCAUGCACUGAAGGACUGCCCGAAGGCUAGGGAGGUGCUGGUAUACGGGGGCCUGAACAACAAUCUCAUUGUGGGUAAAUUUUCUAGGUGUAUCGACUGGCUUGAAGCGGCAGCCCACGUUCUGGAUAAGAUUGCUAUGUCUGACCUUGUUACUGUUCUUUGGAACAUUUGGAACAGCAAGAAUAAUUUGAUAUUUCGGGGAGUGGAGGACGGGGCCAAAGUUACCUGGGAGAGAGCAGCGUCUUUAAGCCAUGAUUUUCAUAUUUUUAACUUGGUGGCGACCCCAAUGUUGCCGAGACUGAGGUUGGAUAAAGUUUGGACAAAGCCGAGUCCGGGUACGGUCAAAAUUAACUUCGACGCUACUGUUGUUGGCAAGUAUAUGUGUUUUGGUUUGGUGGCCAGGGACGCUGAUGGUUUCGUGCUCGGAGGAAGAAUGGGGAGAGUUAAUAAAGAAUUGGAGAUUGAAUGGGCUGAGAUGCAGGCACUGGAUGAAAGCAUUAAUUUCGCUAGGACCAACGGAUGGGACAAACUUGUAGUGGAAUCUGAUUGUGCGAAUUUAGUUAAUCGUUUCAACAAAAAAAGCACUGAUUUGACUACGAUGGGCUAUUGUUUACGGCUUCUUAGCCUUUGUAAUUUCUCUUUUUUCAAUUUUGUUUGGGCUCCUAGAUGCUGUAAUAAAGUAGCGAACCGGUUGUGUAAGCUGGUUAAGGAUAAUAAUUGUUGUAUCAUGGAUUUUAGCGUGGACUAUCCCAAAGAGAUCCAUGAAUUAGUUUUAAGUGAUGCUAUUAAUUGA